AACUUCGAGACAAUGUUCACGUGUGUCACAAGCCGGUAGGGCCUAUGAGUUUUUAAUCCAGGAAAGUAAAAUUACAAGAAAUCAGAAAUGGAAACCGAUGAGGUGGAAAAGGAUGCUGCUAAUGCAGCUCCUAAAGCCAAGGAACAUGCUCUUAUUGCUGCGGAUUUAGAGAAAGUUACAGACUAUGCAGAAGAAAACGUCAUAUCGGGCCAAGAUAUGAGCAAUGCAAUUGCAGCAUUGGGUGGUGACAGAACAAAAGAACAAGUAGAAAAAGCAGAAAGAGAAAAGGAGCUGGCCAAGGUGACCAUAAAGAAAGCUGAUGUUGACUUAAUAAUCCAAGAAAUGGAAAUCUCCAGAUCAGAAGCAGAGAGAAGUCUGAGGGAAAACAAAGGAGAUCCAGUUCAGGCAUUGCUUCAACUAGUCAACUGAACUACAAGAUUAUAAAUGAACUGUUGAUCUAGCUUUUGUGUGUACAUGACAUGAAAUGAUGGAAAGGAAAGUCCAAACUAUGUACCACUGUUCUGGUCUCCUGACAAAGGCCUCAGCAAGAAUUCCUUGGUCUAUUUGUUAAUAGAUCCUGGGACCAAACAUCAUAUUUAAACCUAAACUUAUUCCCAAUUGCAAGUUGCAAACUUACCCCUAACCAUAUUUCUUUGACAAGAUAAAGCCAAGAGCGAUUGGCUGAUCACCACUAUGCGAGAAGAUGAUAAACAUGAUGAAGAACAAUGGACACACACAAAGCAUUCUCAAUUGGCAUAGACCACUCAUACAUGUAGAUAGAACAUGGUACAAAUAACCCAAAAUCUUUUAAACAUGGAGAAGUCCCACUCUGUGCAUUCAGAAUAAUCACUGUUAAAGUGAUGGAGUUGCUGCAUGAAUACUUUUGUUUGCCCACUUGAAAAGAAUGCAUCACCUGUGUGUCAAACAAUGUAUAGCUGGUGCAUAAAUGAAUAAUGAUUACGGUACAUAACUUUAAGUUUAAUGACCACAAUGAUCUCCAUUAUUCAUCUCGAUGAGUUUUACAAUUUUGUACAAAUUACCAUUUUCUGCCCAUACGCAAAUACAUGUACAACUGUACAUGUAGUAUCUGCAAAGUACAAACUAGUUUAUACUGUCAACUGUCCCAGAUUGACUCUAAGUGUAGACUGAAAAUUCUGCCCCCAAAGCAAAUCUUUUCCCUUUUUUCCCUUUUUUCCCUUCCUUAUUGAUUAGACAGACCUUGGUUUGGAAUAUUCAACAGGGCCUUGUAAGUGAAGUUAAGGAUUUACUUCAAAUUUAAGUACCUAAUGUAAUUUGUAAAUCUCUGUUUCAAAUUUGAUUUGUUAAUGCCACUGCACACAUUAUGGCAGGGCCGACCAGAUUUUGGAAGAAAUGUCAAUUGGAUGAGAUCUGAUGAUCAAUUGUAAAUCUUUUCCGAUCAAGGUUUGACAUCACUACCGAGAAUGGAAGACCAACUAUUCAUGUUUUCUACCCAAUUGAUUUUGCUAUAUUUUACAAAUUUAGUUCUCUAAUGUUUAUAAUUGGUGAUCAAAUCCUUUUCCAAUUUCUUCCAAAAAUGUCCUGAAUGUGUAACUAGGCAGAUUGUCUGAAUUCUUCACUGAAUGACAAUUUUCGUCCCUCAUGUAAUAGGAAACCUGUAUGAUGCAAUACAUAUUUUAAUACAUGUAUAAGUUAUUAUUAUUAAUUCCCUUUUUUUUGUGUCAAGUGAUGUUUUUUAAAUAAAAUUUGCUUUGUAUCAAGGACAAUUUUG